UUGGUUCCUACGAGCCGACCAACAACAGCAUCACAUCACGUAUCAAAAUGUCGUGAUAACUGUUCAUAUUUACAUCCAGCUACAUUUGGAAAAUUAUGACGGGGUUUUUGAACAAACUUCACAUCUAUGUUUUAUUACUUACGUUGUAUGACUGUAACUUUAACGCGUUUUCGGCUGUGACAGCACAAGAGAAUGACAAGUCACUGGAGCUCACACCGUCAGAGGAUGCAGUGUCCGACUUGGAGAACAGCCCCAAGUUUGUGGAGUCAGAGGACCUGGACGCUCUGCCCAAGAGGCAGUUCAAGACAGCUGAGAUUGCAGAUGCUGUGAUGGGAACUGAAGUCCCCAUUGAUCCAUCUGACAUUGAGUCUCUCUUCCCUAAAAAUGUGAAAGAUUUCCAGUCAGGCUUCUCCCCACCUUGUGAUGAGAACAGUGGCCUGUGUGGUUCACCUGCUCUGACUGCCAAAGGAGUGUUAAUGAACGAGAGGACCUCUGAAACGUCACAGCAGGUCACUCUUGAAAUGGUGCAUGCAGACGUCGUGACAACAGAGGAGCAGAACUCCACAGAGACCGCCAAGACGUACAAGGUCAACUGUGACAAGAGGAACAUCACAGGAAUGGACAACUUCACUGUGCAGGUCCUCAACAUUUCACAGGACCUGAUGGAGUACCUGAAUGCUAACAGUACAGAGUGCUCUGUGGUGCUUUUCUUCACCACCUGGUGCCAGUUCUCAGCCAGUCUCGCACCUCACUUCAACGCCCUGCCUCGAGCCUUUCCCAGCAUGCAUUUCCUGGCACUGGAUGCCUCGCAGCACAGCAGCCUCUCCACGAGGUUCGGUACGGUGGCAGUGCCCAACAUUCUGCUGUUCCAGGGGGCCAAACCCAUGGCUCGCUUCAACCACACAGACAGAACGCUGGACACGCUCACUUCCUUCAUUACCAACCAGACAGGGUUUGAAGCUGACGCCGACAGAAACGUGACAGACGCAGACCUCUUGGGCCCCCUCCCCAGUGUCCCGGUGAGGAGCAUCGACUGGUUGCUGGUCUUCUCUGUCCUCUUCAUCAUGGGCUUCACCACGUACGCCAUCUUGCGGACUGACAGCAUCCGCUGGCUCAUACCUGGACAGGAGCAUGAGCAUCAGGACUGAAACGUACAGACUGCAAAUCACUGGAUGUAAACUAUUAUUUGAUAACCGACUGUGUUUGUUAUUAAAACUUCAGAGUUGCUAAUUUGCUUGUGUUUCAAUUGUUUGAUGAAUAAAAUGAAUGACAUGA